GGUGGCACUGAAAGGCAGCUCAGAUGGGCACUGAUAUGUGGCAUUGAUGUGCACUGGUAGGCACUGAUAUGUGGCAUCGAUGAGGCUCUGAUGAGCACUGACAGCUGGCAUUGAUGGGCACUGACAGGUGGCACUCGCUGGGGCUACACUGAUCAUCAGGGCACACUGAUCAUCAGUGCCCUGAUGAUCAGUGUACUUAUCCCCUCUCAGGGAUGCCGAUUACUGGCUCUCCUCUCCUCUGUCAGCGUGACAGCUCAAGUGGCAUUUCCCUAUUUACAUGUGAUCAGCUGUGAUUGGACACAGCUGAUC